AUGGCCCAAGAGCCGGCCGUCCGCGGCGUCGGCAUCGAUGAGGAACACCCCGCGCCCCGGAGGAAGGGCGUCCUGGUGAGGCGCGGCGCGUUCGCCGUCAAAAGGGAGGUCUUUGCGGUUGCCAAGAUGUCCGUCCCGGCGCGGCGGUUGCUCCAGAAGCGGCUGAGCUCCGAGCUCGACGCCGUCCGUGACGCCCUCAGGAAGGCGGAGGGCGCAGGGGAGCCGAAGCGGAUGAGGCCGGAUGGUCGGGAGCGGCUGGCCGGCCGCCUGGCCUCGCUGGCGGCGGCGCUGCCGGAUCACGCCGUCGCGUUCCUGCAGAACCAGCGUGUUGGGGACGCCGAUUCCCGUGGCAGCGGCGGCGGCGGCGGCGAGAUGGAGAAGGACGUGCGGUCCAUGAAAGGCGGUGCCUUGUUCCAGUUGAAGAUGUUGCUGGACAAGUUCGCGCCGGAGAGCACGCUGCCCAAGAGUCUCGGACGCGCGCCGCUGGUUGCCUCCGGCUUCCGCUGCCUGUCGCGGCAUCAGGGAGCCGGUGGCAAGAUGGCCACGGUGCAAGAGGAGGAAGAUGAGGAGGAGGGGGACGGCGUCGACAUCUGCGGCGGCGUCUCCCGCAUAGCGAUCCGGGACAUCGCCGAGGAGUACGGCGAGCUCGUGGAAGACAUCGGAGUCAAGCUCCUGUCGCCGCUUCAGCGCAAGUACGUCGAUCUCGCCGAGCAGGGCGAGUACGUCGACAUCUGCGGCGACGCCUCGCCUGUCGUGUUCCCCGCCAAGGCCGGCGAUGGCCGCAGCACCAGCCCAAGCUUAAGCAGCAGUUACUCCGAUUCAUCGCUGAGUGGUUCCGACUCGAGCAGCAGCUCAGACAGCGACUCUGAGAGUGAUCCCCGCAAGAGCAUCAGCAGCCGGCCUCCGCCGGCAACUGUCCCCAAGGAGAAAGAUACCGGUGCACUGCCAUCGGUGCCUGCGCCGGAGCCGCUGCACACUGCAGAGCCAGAGGAUGCCCAGGACCAGUGCACGCCACCCGUGCCAGCGGUUCUUCCCAAGAUGAACGACGCCAAUGCGCAGCCACUGGAGCCGGCGCCAGAGAUGGUGCGCAUUGCAGAGCAAGAGGAGCUCCAGGACCAGUGCGCGCCGCCGCCGCCCGCACCGCCGGUGCACCCGGUCGCCAGCAGCCCACCAGGGCCGGCGGCGCUUCCCAAGGAGAACGACACCUAUACGCAGCCACCGGAGCCGGCGCCUGAGGCUGUCCAGAUUGCAGAAGAGACGGAGGAGCUCCUGUCCCUGUGCGUGGCGCCCGCGGCGACGGGGCACCCGAUCACCGGCGGCAGCGCACCUCCGUCGGCGGCUCUUCCUGAGGAGAAUGGUGCCUCUUCUCAGCCACCACCUGAGUUGGCGCCGGUGCCGGCGCAGGUUGCGGAUCCAGAGGAGCCCCAGGUGCAGGGCGAGGGCGCCGCGCCCGCGCCGGCCAACGACCUCAGCGGCCUGGUCAACGAGGCGAAGGAGGAGGCGAAGCGGCGGCGGCAGCUGGCGAAGGAGCGCGCGAAGGCGAAGGCCCGCCGUGUGCUGCUGGAGGUGGAGAGGGCGGCGCCGCACGACGAGCGCGUCCACCCGCGGGACCUGGAGCUGCUGGGGAUCGCCGCGUUCGAGCACGUCGCGAGCACCGUGCAGGACGCGCGCACGGCGGCGCAGCCCCAGGUGGACGAAGGCGGCGGCCUCCGUGUCUCGCCCGGUGGCCCCAGCGUUCUGCAGCAGCUGGGGGUCUUCCUGAAGGCCGACGACGGCAGCGACGACGACGACGACGAGGAGGGGCAGCAGCAUCCGGCGGCGGCGGCGGCAUUCGCUUCUCAUGGCGAGGACAUGGAGGUAGAGGACGGGGAGAUUCGCUAG